GAGCAACAGAUGAGGCAACUCUGUGGAAGAUGUUGCCAUGAGGUUUGUAUCUGUGCCUUUUGGGCACUGCGGAGAUGUUUGCUCUGCUCUGCAGCCUCAUUUCCAGCUGCAUGAAUGAGCCAUUUUGAACGAACGCUCCUCUCAGCCUGGGAUGUAGUGAAACAGAGACACCUAGUGGGCAAAGUUCGUUACUGCAUUAUGAACACUAUGGAAUUAACGAGUGAAAGUGAAACUAACAGAAAACUGGUUUAGUGGUUACAUAUUAAUGACAGGCGUGUUUAGUGUGGCCGAAAAACGCGGGAGUAUCUAACCGUUAUGUCGACGCUUCAGUGCUAAUGUAGCAUAACAAAAGGGUAAUGGAGACCGACUCCUGGGAGAACAGCAGGACGGUGGUUGUCUCCGGUGUUCCCAAUGUGUUGCCCCCCGGCAGGAUAACUGAUAAGCUGACCAUUCACUUCCAAAGCACCCGGAAGAGUGAUGGAGGAGACGUCGAAAAGGUCAAAUAUCCCACCAACAUGGACGGAGUUGCGUUUGUCACUUUUGAAAACGAAGAAGAUGCAGCGAGGGUGGUGGAAAAGAAGCAGCAUAUUAUGACAGACAGCCAGUUUCCUGAAGACUUCGUCCUCACUGUGUUUCCCUUCAGCACAGAUGUGUUUUUCUACGUCCCAAGCGCUACGGUUGAUCUUUCUAUAUUCGGCGGCAAUCGGGACUUGGUGAUUGAGAGCCUGCGGUCAGCUCACAGAUCGCUGCGUUUUCAUCCUGUGCCCCAGGAGAGGAAAGUCUUCAUUGAGGGGCCUUUUGCAGCUGUCCAAGCCCUGAGAGGGGACCUCAUUCGCAGAGCCGAUGAGCUUCAAUCUGCAGUCACAGUCCAAACUGCUGGUAUUAACCCAAGAGAAACUGGUCAUAAUACGAGGUUAAUAUCUCAUCACAAGUAUGUCGACUCUGUAAGCCACAGCAGCUCUAAGAGGGAACCCGCAAGCAGCUUAUCAACAUUAUCAACACAGAGCCCAGGUAAGGCAAAUGAAAUCCAAAGACUUCUCUCAAAGACUCAAAAUGCCUCCUUGAGGCAAAAAGUUUCCUCUGAGAGUUUGGCUCCAGGGAGGAUUUUGAAAGCACGCAUCAAUGGAAAGGACAAACUGGAAGGUCAGCCAACAGAACAAAGAAAGGCCAACUACAUACAAGUGGUCGAGAAGGAAAUCAAAGCAUCUUCCUUAUCGGGCCUUCCUCAACCAGUAUAUCGCAAUAUCAACAACAGAGCCUUAUAAUGACAGUGCCUCACAAAAACAUCCCAGAGCAGGCAAGAUUUCAGCCACAGAGAUUAGAAGAGAGGGUGAUUUGGGGUCUCACCAGAGCAGCAUGGGCUGUUUGAAGAAUCCAAGCAGCUCAGCAGUGAGAAGUAAGCUCCAGACUGAAUUUAAAGAUGUCUCAAAAACCUCGGAGAGAUAUACUGAAGGUCCCGCAGUGGCGUGUGGAGUCUCUCCGGAAGGUCAGGAUGAUAUCUGGGUUGACUCUUACAUAUUCAGAUACAUCAAAACAUUUCACAAGAAGGAGUUGGGCAGAUGCUUUGCGGGCACUGACUUAUCUGUCAGGUAUGUUGUAGAAACUGACCUCAUGCAAAUAUCGUUGACUGAGCAGCAACGUUCCAAGGUGACCUCAGGAGUCCAGAAAGCCAUCCAGAAACUGAAAACUUUGUUUGAGUUUUAGCAAUCAAUCUUAAGAGUUCAUAAGAUAUUUUACCAUGAGGUGGGGCUGUCGGAUAAAUACCUAAUAAAUCAGAUCUGUGGUGUUUUCAGUUUCCAGUUUGAAGAUGUUCUUUACAUAUUUGAGGACUCCUGCAUUAAAGCCAUCAGCCCCUCAGUCCCUAGUCUGCUGUUCAAUAAGAAAAUAAAAGAAGGAAUAAUUAAAUUCAAAGACACUCUUGUAAAUUUCAGGCAAUCUAGUAGGAAUCAUGAACGGAUGUAGUUUAAUCACUGACCACAAGGGGGAGUAGUUUUCUCUUCGCAAACCCUUCCCAACACUGAAAUCUAUAUUUAUCUUGUUAUUGUUACAGAUGCACUGAUUGUUGUUUGAUACUGACACUGCGAGUUUUCAUUUGAGCAGCUAAUGAUUAGAACUAUAGAAAUAAAUUAUACAGUACUGAUGCGAUAUUUCAUCAGUACUGUAUAAUUUGUGUUUUUGCUUUUUCUCUCUGUUUCUAUGGUGAAGCUUCCCCUUUGUUUAUGGAUGGGUUAAUAAUUAAGCCUUUAAACAGCAAUCCAGACUCUCUUCUCAUAGCAGUGGGGAUAAGUCUUAGUUACCCCUCUUCACAUCUUAAUUAAAGACAAAACAUAGACAAACAUCGACAGAUGUCAGCCUGUCUCACAUGACCAAAUCAUUUAGUCACAUAUUAUGUGAAAUUAAAUUAAAACAAAACUGA